AUGCAGGAGGUUACGCGUGGUCAACCCAUCUUGCCCAACUGGUCGGACCUGCCGCCGUCAUUUGACUGGCAGCGAGUAUGGCGCGAGCUCAAUGAGCAGCCGCUUAACACGGAUGUGCUGAGCUCUGUACAUCUCUUCCUGCUGCGACGUAGUUGGACCUCUUCAACAACAGAACGCGCACGAGCAGCCAGGGCAGCGUAUGACCUCGAACACGAUGGCCAACACGCAGCUUGCGGCGGUCUGGAGGAGGAAGGUGACACGUGGGCCUCUCACAUUGAGCCUGAUCCUGAUGAGGAGGAGGACGCACCUGGAACCGCGCCAGACGCGGCACCAGCAAGGCCAACUGCAAACAAUGCUGUGCGGUCGUCAGCCGUGCCGCCUAGCCGUGGGAAGCGCAUCAAUGUCAACCUGGAUGACCUGCCAGCGUCCUUCUUCCGAGAACCGACACCUGAGGUGGAGACGCGCAGACGCGCUCGUGCGGUGACGCCUCUCACGGAAGAGGCCUUGAGUGCGCACAACAAUGGCUCCACCUCGAGCUCCUCCAGCCGCGCCUCCUCGUCAUCGCUACCACCACCAGAAUUGUACGCUGUACAGAAUCCAUUUGCCAUCGCUAUCUUGCCCAACGAGGUGGCAGACCCUGCUCCGCAUCACCGGUGGCCCAUGACCUCCACACGUCCUGCUACUCUGCGCAGCACAUCGCCUCCCAUUCUUGAAGGGCUGGCUGGGGCCUUCAACAUCCUUGCGGAAUUUGAAAUUGCAGAUGCACAGACAGAGCAAGAAGCCAACGUCAUGCUGAGGGAGUGGCAGGCGAGCAGUCUCUGGCCACUGGCAGAGGAGACACCAAGGCAGCACCGCCGGUCAGGCCGAAUAGCCCAAUUGCAAGGGCAAGCCUCUGUGGAGGCCACCGCAGAGCUCGCAAUACCCUAA